GUACUUCCUGUUAAAAGAUGGCCGGUUGGAGAAAAGAUAAUGUUUAGAGGAACACCAACAAGGAACACUGUGUUUACGGUCGACUUGGCAUGUACUGGCGGAGGAAAAUCUGAUCUUGCAGCGCUCUUUAGACUUGUAUUUAAUGAUGGUAACCACGUGAACACUGUAAUCAUAAAUGACCGAUUUAACGGUACCUAUGGUAAGGCAGCAGCUAUGAAUGAUUUCCCCUUUGAAAUCAAUGUUCCUUUCACGAUGGUGUGGGUGCUACACACACCUCUCUUGCAGAUUACAGUUACUACAGCUGAGGGUUCUAGCAGGAAAGAUUACUUCAAGACCAAACUUAGUUCAUGCUAUAACCGCAUAGAGCUUUGGGGAACAUUGACAAUAUCUCUGCUUCAUAUGACUUAAACAUCUAUUUCUUCCUAUGAACAAAUGAGUUUUCAUAGGUGAAAUGAAACUAUUGCUGUUGCUUAAUUUUUUAGUUUAAAUUCAUGAAUAAAA